AUGGCACUAAAAUACCAUCCGGAUAAAAACCCCGAAGGUGGAGAGCAGUUCAAGUUGAUAUCACAGGUGAGGAUAAUUUGGUUCGUUAAAAACAGUGGACAGUCUAAUUCCCUGAUGUAG